UCUCUCUCUCUCUCUCUCUCUCUCUCUCUCAUCACUGUUCCACUGGUUUCUCUUUCAUCACUGCCAUUUCAAUUCCCUCUUUCUCAUUUCUCAUCUUUUUCAAACCUCCAAACCAAACGAGGGUUUCCAUUUUCUCUUAUUUUCACUUUUCAUUUAUUUUCUCAUCCAUUUCUCUUCAUGGUUUCAAAUUCCGUGGAAUUUCCAAUCCCGGUUCGUCUUCGUUUUCUUCAAACGAGGUCAAACGGCCAUUUCAGUUGCUAACUCGGUAACUAGGUUUUGCUAACGGUAGUGGUGGAAUAGGAAUAGGGGAAAAUCGAAGUGAUCGUUGAAGAAGUGGGGUUUAGGGUUUUUGGCGGUUGAAUUAGGGUUAUUAUUGCAUGAUAGAUAAAAUUGUUUUGUGAUGGACGUGGAGGAGACUGGGAGGUUGGUGGAUUUGGACCCAGAGAUGUUGCAGCUUCAAGAGGUGUCUCCUCUUGCACUGAAAUCGAGUCCAUAUGUUGCUGAGGAGCUUUUCUCGCAUUGGCUUUCGCUUCCGGAUACUGGUCGCCUGAUUAAGUCAUUGCUUGCUGAUGCAAAAGUUGGAGUUCCCUUUAGUGCACCUGAGAACUUAACAAAUACUAAUGCUCUUUCAAUCAACCCGUUACCUUCCUUAUUUCCUGCUGGGAGUACACCGCCGCUUUCACCACGCAGUUCAUCUGGUUCGCCACGGACCAUAAAACAAAAAACUAGCCCUUCUUCAUUAGGUUCUCCAUUAAAAGUAGUCCGUGAGUCUGUUAGGGAGAUAAUUCCUCAGUUCUACUUCAAAAAUGGCCGUCCACCUCCAAAUGAAAUGAAAGACCAUUUCCUGUUUCAAGUUGAUAAUCGAUUUUACGGUCAUAUGGAUGGUUUGCAAUUACUUGAAUUCAAGUCUUUUACAAAAGAGAUAUGCAAAAUUCCCUCGUUUUUCUCCACCAUUCUUUUCAAAAAGAUUGAUGUCAAUUUUACAGGAACCAUAACAAGGGAUCAAUUUAUUGACUAUUGGUUUCGAGGCAACAUGUUAGCUAAAGAUUUACCGACACAAAUAUACACUUUACUGAAGCAGCCACAUCAAACAUACCUUGUACAGGAUGAUUUCAAACCUAUCUUGAGGGAACUAUUGUCCUCUCAUCCUGGAUUGGAGUUUUUGCAAAGCACGCCUGAAUUUCAGGAACGAUAUGCCGAGACUGUCAUACAUAGAAUAUUUUACUACAUGAAUAGAUCUGGAAAUGGCCGACUUACUCUCAGGGAGUUGAAACGUGGGAACCUAAUUGAUGCCAUGCUGCAUGUAGAUGAAGAAGAGGAUAUUAAUAAAGUUCUGAGGUACUUCUCCUACGAGCAUUUCUACGUAGUUUACUGCAAAUUUUGGGAGCUCGACACAGAUCACGACUUUUUCAUUGACAGAGAGAACCUUAUUAAAUAUGGGAACCAUUCUCUUACAUAUCGGAUUGUUGAUAGAAUUUUUUCCCAGGUUCCACGGAAGUUUAGCAGUAAAGUUGAAGGAAAGAUGAACUACGAAGAUUUUGUUCAUUUCAUACUUGCAGAGGAAGAUAAGUCAUCUGAGCCUAGUCUGGAAUACUGGUUCAGAUGCAUUGACUUAGAUGGAAAUGGAGUAUUGACCCCAAAUGAAAUGCUGUUCUUUUACGAGGAGCAGCUGCACAGGAUGGAAUGCAUGGCCCAAGAGCCUGUGCUUUUCGAAGAUAUCUUGUGUCAGAUUGUUGAUAUGAUUGGACCCGAGAAUGAAGGAUAUAUCACAUUACGAGAUGUGAAAAGCAGCAAACUUUCUGGAAAUGUUUUCAACAUUCUUUUCAAUCUCAACAAGUUCAUUGCGUUUGAAUCUCGUGAUCCGUAUCUUAUACGUCAGGAACGCGAGGAUCCAAAUAUGACAGAGUGGGACCGUUUUGCACACAGGGAGUAUGUUAGACUUUCCAUGGAAGAAGAUGGUGAAGACAUGUCAAAUGCCAGUGGAGAUGUCUGGGAAGAAUCACUUGAGGCCCCUUUCUGAAAUUCAAUUAGGUGAAUCAAAGGCUAAGUUGUACUUGUAAGAAUCUUUAGACUCUACAACUUGAACACGAUGCAUUUGGAGGGAGAUGUCUAAGAGUGUUCCGGAGAGGUUCUCCUAAAUUUGUUUAGAAAGAAAAUGAGAAUAGCUACAGGGUACGAGCUGGUGCAGAUUUAUUGUUCUUGUUCAUAUACUAGUACUUAUUUUUUAGACUAAUCUAUAUCGAAUUUAAUUUCUGUAAAAAGAAACCGGAGGGUUUUUUGUUUAUCUCUUCUGAAUUUUGGUUGUUUGAAGGUUUUGUUUUUUACAAAAUUUAUUACAACUAAUUGUACUUAACUUUCAACUUGUUUCUCUAAUUUGUUAUAUAGUGAUGAGAAAGCGCAACGUAAUCGAUAAGCAUCUUAGUGUUGUUUUUAUCA